AUGACGAUCAAGGAAUCAACGCAACGUCCUCCAGGACAACAGCAGUUCUGGUGGUCAAACGCUAUAGUCUUCGUCGGCACUCACAUCGCCGCUUGCGCAGGCGUUUAUUACCAGCCACUUUCUUCGACUCCUAAAGCGACCCUCGUACUUUCUGUUGUCCUCUGGCAAGCUGCUUGCCUCGGAAUAACGAUUGGAUACCAUAGACUGUAUUCGCACAGGUCGUUCGAGGCUGGAGUGAAGACGCGAGCGUUAUUGGCACUGCUGGGUUCCAGCGCGGCCCAGGGGUCUAUCAAGGUGCGUUGCCCGGUUAUGAGGCACCGGCUGCACCAUGCAUGCAGGUACUCGGCCACACGUGGACUACUCUGGUCCCACAUGGGAUGGAUCUUCUACAAGCAGCGCUACGAGCGAAUGAGCCUGGUUGACAAGGACGACCUUGACGAAGACCUUGUUUCCACGGCCCUGUUCACGGCGAUACUAGUCCCCACGAUCAUUGGGAGCUUCUGGCAUGACGCUAUUGGGGCAUUUAUAUGGGCAGGUUUGGUGUCCAGGCUCGUUGGUAGGCUGGCGCAUUGGGACGGCCUACAACCAUAUUCUGACGAGAAUACAUCAAGACUUAACUUGAUUGUUGCGUUGCUGACAUGUGGCGAAGGGAACCACAAUUUUCACUCGUUUCCCCAGGACUUUCGCGCGGGUCCCUCCGCAUACGACUGGGAUCCGUCUAAGUGGGUUAUCCUCGCUCUUCAUCGACUGGGGCUCGUCAAGGGGCUACGGAAAGCGCGGGAUAAGGAUCUUUCCCACGCACGCUGGCGCAUGCAUGUCAAGACUCAGGUGGCGACGCCAGAUGUCCUCAUAGCUCCAAACUCGUCUGAGUCUCAGACAGCGCCGAUGUCAAUUUCUGAUGUCUGCGUUUACGUUGAACGCGCGGAGGGCCGGUGUAUUCUGCUUAUAGACGAUAUGGUGAUAGACGCAACUGCAUACACAAUCGAUCACCCUGGAGGCGCCGCUUUGUUGCGCAAGUAUGCCAUCAAGCCCGAAGUCAUCCUUGAGGAUAACCUAGAAGAUCACAUUAAGGAGCUUCGUCAGAACGCUACAGCAGCCUUCCAUGGCGGCAUGAACAAGCAUACUCUUGCCGCUCGAGAUAGGCUGCGGGAGUUAGCUAUUGCACGCUUAGUUGGCCACUAA